AUGGUUGCUACAGCUGCAACUGCAUCACUGUUUCCUGUUUCUUCCCCACAACCUAAUGGAGCCAAGACAUCUGGAAGCAAUGGUAUGCAAGUGAAAGCUAACGCACAAGCACCUACAGAAGUAAAUGGAAGCAGAGUUCGACUCAUGAAUGGCAUCAAAACUGAUGAUAAUCUCACAUCACAUGCUCCAAGAACAUUCAUCAACCAGUUACCUGAUUGGAGCAUGCUUCUUGCUGCAAUCACUACAAUCUUUUUAGCUGCAGAGAAACAAUGGAUGAUGCUAGAAUGGAAAACCAAAAGGCCAGACAUGCUUGCUGACCUUGAUCCUUUUGGUUUAGGGAGAAUUGUUCAAGAUGGGCUUGUGUUUAGACAAAAUUUUUCCAUUAGAUCAUAUGAAAUAGGAGCUGAUCGAACUGCAUCUAUAGAAACACUUAUGAAUCAUUUUCAGGAAACAGCUCUUAAUCAUGUAAAGACUGCAGGACUCUUGGGUGAUGGAUUUGGUUCAACACCAGAGAUGUGUAAAAAGAAUCUUUUUUGGGUUGUAACAAAGAUGCAAGUCAUGGUAGAUCGUUAUCCAACAUGGGGUGAUGUUGUUCAAGUGGAUACUUGGGUAGCUCCAUCUGGGAAAAACGGUAUGCGACGUGAUUGGCUGCUUCGUGAUUGGAAAACAGGCGAGAUUUUAACAAGAGCUUCAAGUAAUUGGGUUAUGAUGAAUAAAGAAACAAGAAAGUUAUCAAAAAUUCCAGAUGAAGUCCGGGGUGAAAUAGAGCAUUAUUUUGUAGAUGCUCCUCCAGUUGUGGAGGACGAUAACGUAAAAUUACCUAAACUUGAAGAGGCCAAAGCUGACUAUGUUCGCACGGGUUUGACUCCAAGGUGGAGUGAUUUGGAUGUCAACCAACAUGUUAACAAUGUGAAGUAUAUCGGCUGGAUCCUUGAGAGUGCUCCAAAAGAAGUUGUGGAGAAGUAUGAGCUUGCUAGCAUGACUCUGGAGUAUCGAAGAGAAUGUAGGAAGGAUAGUGAGUUGAAGUCGCUCACUUCGGUAUUGGGAAAUGGGAAUGGAAUUGGUGAUUCCGGUUCCGGUUUUGUUGAUUGCCAACAUGUGCUCCAAUUCCAGGGUGGUGGUGGUGGUGAGAUUGUGAAAGGGAGGACCGGGUGGCGGCCUAAGUAUGAGAAUCAGAUCAGGGGCAUUGAUGUCUUUUCUGGUGGAAAGGCAUAAUGCUGAUAUAGCAUAGUUGUUGAGAAUGACAUUAUUGCCCUUGGCUUGUGUAUAAAGAAUCAAUCAUCCUAUCUCUAUGCUGAUGGAAAUAACUUGCUUGUCGUGGCUUCUUAUAUAUAUAUUUUUCUAAUUUGUAUGUUUUUUUUUUCUUCUCACCUAUUUAUUUAAUUAUUUUAUUUAUUUGGUUCAAGCUUUUCUGUUGUGUUUCCUUCCACAAGCUUUCUAUAUCUUAGUUAGAUUAUAUAAAUGAUAUUUAAUACAUGAGAAUUAGUAUUAAAUUGAGACGUUGAAUAUAAAAUUGCUG